AUGAGCCAGACAUCUAAGACGGCGUCGGGCAGACCGUUGAGGAUCCUAUCUCUUGAUGGUGGAGGUAUUCGUGGCAUAUCGAGCCUCCUUAUCCUGGACAAGAUUAUGCAGGGCAUCCGUGACAAUACUAGAGAUCUCAAUCACGUCCCACGACCAUGCGAGUACUUUGACUUGAUCGGUGGGACAAGCACUGGAGGAAUUAUUGCAAUAAUGCUUGGAAGGCUAGGCAUGACCAUCGAUGAAUGUCUAGAAGCAUAUCGAAAGGUUGGCCGGCAAGCUUUCACACCCAGAUGGGGCCCAAUUCUCCCGGGCCGGCCCACUGGUGCUUUUUCUGCCACAGCCCUCGAAGCAGCCGUCAGGCAGAUGAUAAGAGAGUUUUGUUCGGAAGGGGAAUGCGCGACCCGCAGACAGCAAGGAAAACCUACGAUUGAGACUUGUACGCAUGAUAAUAUAGCCUUUCAAGGAAAGGCAUACACAAAGACCGUGGUACUGGCGAUUACCAAGGACAACGUCGAUGCGCCUCCAACUCUCUUCAAGACAUAUGAUACAUCCUCCGCUUUCAGUUCCUGCACUAUCUGGCAGAUCGCGCGGGCAACUUCAGCAGCUACGACCUUCUUCAAGUCCAUCAAAAUUGGCCGUGAUGACAUCGAAUUCAUCGACGCUGGCUUUGGGUACAAUAACCCAUGCCAAAUCCUUAUUGAGGAAAGCAAGCAACAGUUUCCGGGGUGCGAACAGAGGCUUGUUCUGAGCAUUGGCACGGGUCUCGGAGACGUUGUCACCAUCAGAGAUACUAGGAUGUCCAUUGUUCGAGCGUUGGCCGCUAUGGCGACGUCCUCCAGAAGGGUAGCAAGGGAUCUACUCAAUAUAUACGGUGAAAAUGGUCAUUACUAUAGGUUCAACGUUGAUCGUGGCCUAGACGACAUCACGUUGUCCGACUGGGAGAGAUCCAGUACGAUCUCGGCGCACACCCAUAACUACCUGGACGACGAGAGGAGCAGAAUCAGGCGUUGUGUUGACGACCUGAUUGAUGCUUCCGGAGCAAGGCCUAUUGGGAUUUUGAAGUAUGAGGAGCGCCAGCAUGUCUGGGCCAUCGAACUAGGACAGAAUCUAGCCGCCUUUGCCAUGUUGUUUGCACCAGCUAUAUUGCCCGACGAGAGUCACAAUGCUCAACGUCAACAGGUAACAGCCAUGAUAGAUCGUAUCCUGCUGUUCCACAACAUCCCGCUAAAUACGUCUCUCGCCCUGGCGCACAGUGACCAGGACGUGGUUGUGGCAGUGAGGGUCAUUACUGACAUGAUCCAACGUCUAGAAGGCACCUCUAUAUGUGCUCUCGUGCUGAUCGGUGAAUUUGACUGUAUUCUUAGAAACAGAGACAACAUCGGUGAAGACAUUACCGAGUCCGCUCUGCAGGGAGUCCUUCAGGAUAUGGACUAUCGAUGUUCUGAGUUAGGCAUAGCAACAGAAGAGCUCGGAAAAACCCUCCGACAACGGGUAGUGGGGACUAGAACGAAUGUCAACAGUCUUCUAACCGAGCUGUCGGUACCUAGGAAACACACCUAG